ACUCAUCUGACAUUUUGUCCGCGCAGCCCAGCACUGGCUCGAUGUACGGCAACAGCGUAACAUCGUCACGUCUGUAAACAACCCUGGCUUGAUGGCCUGAUUAAAUGUCCGAUUAUCUUGGAAACAUAAAUGAGCAUAUUUGAUUUGUUCCGUGGUUUUUUCGGGGUUCCCGGUGGCCGCUACAGUGGAUCCGGCCGAAGGGAUCCAUUCUUUGAUGGCUUGACCCAUGAUGAUGAUGAGGAUGAUGAUGAGGAUGAUGACUUUGGCAGUGCCUAUGAGGCUAGGCAGCACGAUCCCUUUGAUGAUGCCCUGAGGUUUGGGUUCAGUUUUGGCCCAUCUGGAUUUCGCAUUGAGGAGCCCCAGGUGUUUGGCCAAGUCUUGCAGGAAAUGGAGGAGGUCUUCUCCUUUCUGAACACAUGGGAUCGCCAGCCAGGCUUCCGGCAUUUUGGUGUGCCUCAGAUUGAGGCCCCGCCUCCCGAGGACAACAUGGAGCACAGUGGCAGAGGUGGGAAGGCUGGCUCCCUUAGAGACUUUAUGCUGAAAUCCCCUGACCAACCUGCAGCUCCGCCCACCGACCCGCCCCCUUCACGCCAUUGGAUGCCCUUCUCCAAGUUUAAUGACCGGUGGAGUAGAAGACUAAAGAAAGAAGAGGAAACGGAUGCAGUCCGGGAAGACAGAGACUUGGACUCGCAGGUCUCCACAAAGGGUCUGGAAGAAAUCUUGAGUCCCUCUCCCACUCCAUCUCAGCCCACAGUCAGAUCUUUCUCGCAGUCUGUUAUGAUCACGAAGGUUGUGACACCAGACGGGGCGGUGGAGGAGAGGCGUACAGUGAGAGACAGCCAUGGGAACGAGGAGACCACGAUCACACGCUCAAGAGGUCCACAGAGUCAACAGGAGCCACCAGAGCCCGGUGUCUUACCUCCAUCAGAUGGACUCGGGGAUGCAUCUUCCAUUUUCUCCAAGUUUUUUGGGGGGUUCAGGGGCUGAAUAAAAGCUGGUACCUAAAUUUGUCAGUCUGCCAAAAUUACUUACUUGUAUGUGACUGUAAUACUGGGGUGGGUAACGGUGGACUCUCAGCCCAGUAGUACACGUCUGUUGUAUAAAACCAUUUAAUUUAUUUUAUGAACAAAACGAACAGGGCAUAAAAUCAUAAGAGAUUAUUAAAUCUGCUUACUGCGGCAUUAGCCUAAGUCACUGUUCAGCGAGUACGCUUUCCCUGGCACCUUUUGUGGCACGAUGUAGCCAAAAUGUUUCUGCUUCUGAUUAGCAUUAGAUUCGAAUAAACAAGAUCAUUGUAAAAUAUCAAA